AAAAGAGAAUUGCUUCCGUGUUUAAUUGCCAGAAUUGAGCAAAGGGGGCUUCUCUAAGUAUCCUUGGGAUUUAUUAGUGAUGAUACCUAACUGGAAAAUAUGGAUAAAAACAUUGGAGAUCAGCUCAACAAAGCCUUCGAAGCAUAUCGUCAUGUCUGCAUGGAAAAUCAACGCAUCAAAAAGGAUAUGAAUUCUAAGAUUGAAUUAUGUGAGCAACAAUUACACGACAGAGACCAGGAAAUAGUGAGACUAAGAGGUGUGAUUGCCGAUCUGACAGCUCAACUCCCUAAACAUAUUGGCACAGGUUGUCAUGGCCCACCGCCUUCCCCCAAGGUGGAGAACGCAGAGGUUUGGGGAAAUACAUCUGCAUCAGAUGUAUCCUAUGAACAGCUACAGGAAGAGCUGAGAAUCAGUAUGCGUCAGAAAAUUCAUUACAAGGAACAGCUGGAAAAUGAGCAGCUCAGAUUAAGGAAAAUGUAUGAAGAGCAAAAGAAAUUAGAAUCUCUUGUUUUCAGUAAAAACGAUGAAAUUCGAGUCUUAAAAAAUCUUUUAAAAGAUGCAAAGGAGAGGGAAAAGCACGAUUGCAAAGCAAUACCUGCCCAUGAGUCGGAGAUGCAAAUUAAAAAGACAUCACAAGAAUCUGCUGCUCUCGGGACUUCUCUUGAUGACAAUGCAAGGCAAAAUGUUGAACGGGUUUUCUGUGACCUUAAGGAUGAAUUCAGACAGAUUUGCAAGUUAACCAAAGCACAAAGCAUCCGCCUAAACAGUUUUGUGAAGCCCAAGGAAAAUGCAGCUUGUAAUCAGAGCAUUCCUCUGCAGUUUUCGAUGCCUGUUCAGUGCACAGAUGAACCAAAUGAGGAAGGGACCGUAAUGCUGAAACCUAAAGGCCCGAAGGAUAAACUUUCUUUUGCUCCCAUUAUGCCCAGAGGAUUGGGACCAGACGAUGAAGUGAGUGUUUCUGUAGAAUCCCUCUCGAACUUGAGCGUGAAGUUCCCACCCAGCAGUGAUGAUAGUGAAUUUUUACAGAGCACUCCAGAGAAUGAACCAGUAAGGAAACCUAUUGGAAAUGUAAAUGCCCGGGUUGAUAAUUUUCACAAAGAGGCCCUGUUUUUUCCAAAACAACCCACUGGUGCACACGGUGUUUCAUCUGGAACAGAGCCAUUACAAGGAGCGGCUUCUAACCAAGAGAACUAUAAAUAUCUCCACUUGGGAAAUGACUAUGAAGGCAGUUUAGAGGAGGACAAUAGUCUGUGUCUACCUGGGAUCAGUCCUACAAGAAAGUACAAUCAGGAUGCUGGAAGUGGGGCAGAACCAUUAGAUGCAAAUGAAAGAAUUGUUCGAGGUCCACAGCAGGACAUCUGGAUGCCAUUUCCUCGUGGAGAAAAUAUUUUAUCUACUGAUAGUGAAAAGGAGGAUAGGAACAGUUCAGAAAUAUGUGAAUUCUGCCAAGCCGUCUUCCCACCAUCUUCUAGAUCUGAAAGAGAAUUCCUUAGGCAUCUUAAUUCACACUUUUAUGGACAAUCAUAGACCAUAUCUCCUGGAAGGGACAAACUGUAGUUAGAUAGCGAGAGCGCGCACGCGCGU